UCCACAGCACCGAGCAUCCCGACGGCUUCGAGCCGGACAGAGAGGCGCACCAGGCGGAGGCGAGGCGCUGCAGGAAGCCGCUGCUCCCUUUCACCAGAUUUCUGGACUACACCGGACACGGCCCGAACAGGACUGGAGACGGCCAAUAUUUACGUUUCGCAGCCCAGGGACAGAGGAAGGGAGCACAGCUCGCUGGACUAGCCGAGCAGCGCAUCAUCAUCUCCGGUGUAGGACUGGCUGUCGAGUCGCAUGGAGAAGAGGUAUGAAGAGCUGGUGCACUACUCAGGGUCGGAGGGCAUGUCGAUGGGGGGGUACGGGGACGAUGUCAGGCCGCUUCCUCCCCCACAGUAUGGAGCCCCCAUUCCCGACUCCCUCAAACACCACAAAGACCAGAUCUAUGGUCACCCACUAUUCCCACUGCUGGCCUUAGUGUUUGAGAAGUGUGAGCUGGCCACCUGCUCCCCUCGAGACUCCACCUCCCUCUCUGCCACCUCCCACCUCCCCGGCAUGACCAAUCACAGCGAUGUCUGCUCCUCCGAAUCCUUUAACGAUGACAUCGCCAUGUUCGCUAAACAGAUUCGUUCAGAGAAGCCCAUAUUUUCUUCUAAUCCUGAGCUGGACAACUUGAUGAUCCAGGCCAUACAGGUUCUUCGCUUUCAUUUACUGGAGUUAGAGAAGGUGCAUGACCUGUGUGAUAACUUCUGCCAUCGCUACAUCACCUGUCUGAAGGGCAAAAUGCCCACAGACCUCGUCCUGGAUGAACGGGAGGGCGGCUCCAAGUCUGACAUGGAGGACUUCACUGGAUCCUGCACCAGUCUGUCAGAGCAGAAUGCAUCAUGGUUACGGGAGCCAGAUGAAUGUGCCACGACUCCUCUGGGAACACCAGGCACCUGUGGCCUGCCUUCACUCAGCACAGCAGACAACUGUAGUGACACAGGCGAUGGUCUGGACGGAGGAGUGGCCUCCCCCAGUACAGGAGAGGAGGACGAGUCCGACAGAGAGAGGAGGAAUAACAAGAAGAGAGGCAUCUUCCCCAAAGUGGCCACAAACAUCAUGAGAGCAUGGCUCUUCCAGCACCUGUCGCACCCGUACCCGUCUGAGGAGCAGAAGAAGCAGCUGUCACAGGACACGGGACUGACCAUCUUACAGGUCAACAACUGGUUCAUCAACGCCAGGAGGAGAAUUGUUCAGCCGAUGAUCGACCAGUCAAAUCGCUCAGGUCAGGGUGGUCCCUACAGCCCAGAGGGAGCAGCUCUUGGGGGCUACGGGCUUGACGGACAGGCCCACCUUGGGCUUCGAACAGCAGGUCUCCAAGGGAUGUCCUCUCUGCAGGGUGACUACCCCGGCGCUCUGCUGUCCCAGCCAGGCUACCCUCCCCACCCGGGACCCUCUCUCCACCCCUACCCGGGCCCACACCCCCACCCCGCCAUGCUGCUCCACCCGCCGCCACACGCACACCCCGCAGAGCCGCUCCUCGCGCAGGGACUGGACAUACACGCACACUAGCUGGGGGGGGAGUCGGGAUGUGUGUGUGUGUCUGUGUGUGUAUGGUGGGAUAUGUCUGUGUGUGUGUGUG